GGAAUUAACACUAGCAAAUGAAAGAUUAUUACAUCGUGAGGAAAGAUAAGUAUACGACAACUAAGUUUGACAAAUUGUUCCAACAGAAAAUUAAAAAUGAAAAAUUCCACCGUUUUUUGCAUUCUUUUAUAAUCUAUCUAUAUAAUACAAGCACGGGCAAAUUACAUACGUAUAGUACAAAAGAGGGAGGAAACUGCCCUGUUAUGGUCUCUCUGUUCUCCCCUGGUUUGGCAAUUCGUUCUUGCUGAAAGCGCAAAGAGAGAGCAGUAUAAAUCUUACUGGCUUCUUCGUUUUCCCUCCUUCGGCACUUCCUUGCUGAAAGCACAGAGAAGAGAGAGAGAGAGAGAGACAGAGGAGCGAGAGCAAAAGAGUCAUAUUUUUUUACUUCUAUCUUCUUCCCUAGUUUUACGGCUUGCUCUUCGCAGAGAACCGAUGAAAAAGAGAAAUUUUUUGAAUGGUGGGAGGACUGAUGUGGUCUAGAUGAGAUCAUAACUCAGUUACGGUGUAGUAUUUCUGUAUUUUUGUGCAGCUUUUUGGAAGGAAAUCGUUAGCGAGGUGCGGUGGGAAGAGAAAGAGACAGCAUUCAUGAGAGAGAUUAAGAGUUUCUAAAAAUAGACUAAGUACGCGUGUGGGUAAACUAUAUCCUCUAAUGAAUAUACAAGAUUAGUAUAGAUACAAGAGGAGAGAAGAGAGGAAAAGUGCGAAAGACGGGUGAAGAGAGAGAAAGCCCUUUUGAUAAGAAAUAGGAAGAGAAGUAUGGCUUCAAAACUUACAAGUCAUUCUAAUCUGCAAUGCUUUCUUGACCGAACCUUGGUUUCAGUCGGCUCACAUUCUCUCCCUAAGACAAGCCUCAAGGAUUUGAACAGUCUAUGGCAGCCAAUUGGCAAGGAAGAAGUUGAAUACUUUAAUCUUCGAGACCUCUGGGAUCAGUACAAUGAAUGGAGUAUCUUCGGAACAGGCAUCCCGAUCAUCUGCCCCAACGGCGAAACUGUACUUCAGUACUAUGUUCCCUACUUAUCUGCUAUCCAGAUUUACACCAGUGAAUCUCUGGCUUCUACGAGAAAUAUGGUUGAGGAAAGCGAGAGUGAUUCAUGGAGUGAUGACAGUGAGAGCGAGAAGCCAUCAAGGUCAUGGGAUGUUACAUCUGAAGAUUCUUAUUUUGAUCAGGAAGGUUCAUGGCCAACUGAUCGGUUGGGUUACUUGUACUUUAAGUAUAUGGAAUCUAGCCCUCCCUGUCGAAGAUUUCCACUAAUGAAUAAAGUAAAUGCGCUUUCGAGAAGGUUUCCAGGCUUAAUGUCAUUUAAGAGUGCAGAUCUUUCACCUGCUAGUUGGAUGUCUGUUGCCUGGUACCCUAUCUGUUAUAUUCCUGCUCGUUGUUAUGAGAAAGAUCUGUAUGCUUCAUUUUUGACCUUUCAUACUAUCUCAUCUGCUUUCCAAGAUGACACAUUCAUCGACUCCGAAGAAGACAAGUCGAAAAUUUCUACGACGAAAGAUGGGAGUUCCAAGGAUACCAAAAACACUAUUAGCCUUCCUCCAUUUGGCCUUGCAACCUAUAGGAUGCGGGAAAAUAUCUGGCUAAACUCUGAAAAUUCGGAUCAUGAAAAGCUUAUGACCCUUUACAGUGCAGCAGACUCAUGGCUUAAGCAGCUAAGAGUUCAUCAUCACCAUGAUUUCAAAUUCUUCACAGCCCAUAUGGGAAAAAAACUUAGUUUUGGUGCAUAAAAAAUAAUUUCUUUGCACUUGAGAAGCCAUGAAAGUUUUCUUCUGUAUCAGUGCAUGCAUAUAUCUUUCAGCAGAACUAUGGAAACUUGUAAAAAACUCCGUUUCUAAUUUUAUUUUGUUUGAAAA